AUGUCCCGCGCGGAGGAUCGCGAGGAGGCGGACUGCGUGUGCUCCUUCGGCAUGAAGUCCACUUGGGACAUCAACGACCCCAAACUCCCGCAGGUCAAAAGUCAUCAUUUCAACAUUACUGACUGAGCAAGUGAAAAUGUGGUCUCGUGUUGCAUACAUAAAAUACAGCAAGUAUUUCUUUCUUUCACAAAAUUAGAGAAUCAAAAAAACAAAAAACAAAUGUCAAAUGUAUUUAUAAUAUUCUGUACAUUCAUGCGUUCUGGUGACCUGUUGGAAAAGUUAAAUCAGUCUCCUCAACAAAAACAGUUUUUAUUAUUAUUAUUAUCAUUACUAUUAUUAUUAUUAUUAUUAUUGCAGAAUGUAUAAUAAUACAAUUUAGACUAAAUGUUCAAAUAAAAUACGUGACAUACUGAAAGUUUUUUUUAGGGUUGUGUAGUGUGUGUGUGUGUGUGUGUGUGUGUGUGUUUGUGUUUUGGUUUCACUGGGAACAAAAAUAUAAAAACCAGUUUUUACUGUUUAAACAACAAGAGUGAAUAUGCGCGUGCACACACAUACACAAAGCACAUGGCUGAUCAAUAUCUUUCAAUUGAAAACAACACGUCAGUAUUUUUUUCUUGUUCAAUAAAAACAAAUGACAUCCAAAAGUUGACAUGGCCACGUACUGACUGUUUCUAUUGAUCAAGCUAUUACAUUUCCUUUACUUCAGCAGCAGGGUGACCUAGUGGUUAGCAUGUCUGUCUCGCAGUUCUGAGGUUCCGUGUUUGUAUGGGUUGCAUGUUCUCCCUAUUUUUGCCUGUUUUUUCCCUUCCACAUCCCAAAAACAAGCUAGCAUGUUCGCGUCCAAAUUUUACUUCGCUUCGGAUGUGAGUGUCAAUCCCUGUUUGUCUGCAUGUGAUUGGCCGGUGACCAGUCUAUCGCUUGUCUCCACGUGUGACCGGUCAAGUCCAGGACGGGAUGGACCCCGUCCCUAAACCACAGUCAGCCGGGACAGUUUCCGGCUCAGCCGCAACCCUAAUGAGGGACACGAAGCAGUUUGACGCCUUCCAGGAGUGGACGGAUGGUUACGUGCGCUACAUCUACAGCGCGGAGGACAAGAACGCUCAGCGCCACUUGUCGGGCUGGGCCAUGAGGAACACCAACAACCACAACUGUCAGAUACUGAAGAAGUCGUGUUUGGGCGUGGUGGUUUGCUCUCGAGGCUGCGCGCUGGCCGACGGUUCGCGACUGCAACUGCGGCCCGCCAUCUGUGACAAGGCGCGGCAGAAGCAGCAGAAGAAGGUUUGUCCGAGUUGUAGCGGCGCUCUGGAGCUGCUCCCGUGUCGAGGGCACAGUGGGUACCCCGUCACCAACUUCUGGAGGGUGGACGGGAAAGCCAUCUUCUUCCAGGCCAAAGGAGUCCACGACCAUCCGAGACCAGAGUCCAAGUCCGAGACGGAGGCCAGGAGAAGUUCGGUCAAAAGACGAGUAAGCUCUCCUCCGUUCGCACCAAAAAGACGCCUUGUUGAAUCCCAGGCUCUCGGUCCCGCCCUACUCUCCUGCGUCGAGUCUGCAGACCGGAUCUCCUUUAUUGAACCAAGCUUCCCGCAGCAUUACCCAGCAUUCCAAAGUACAGAACCUUACUACAACCCCCACAAUGCCCUGGGAGAGACCUCCCCCAGCCUGCAAAAGACAGCCAGUCCCAGACUCUACAUGGGUAGACCUGGUUACGAGUUCCAAGGCUACCUGACCUCACCUGCAUAUCCGGUCACCUCGGAACUUUGCGAUCCAAGGGUGGCUCCGGUCCUCGGUUGUCCGACGUCCUCGGCUUCUGCUCCCCUUUCGUCUCCCUCCUCCUCCUCCUCCUUUGAUCCGCCGCUGCCGAAACCAGGCUGGAAGGAUCUCCUGAAAAGUUCCGGUCCGUACAGUGACAACCACCAUUAUUACAGUCCGGACUAUCCCUGCCGCUAUCCUGGAAACCCCCCAGCUUCUCCAGCUGCACUACAGACCAUCAUCACCACCACAACCAAAGUGUCGUAUCAGCCGUGUCUGAAGGGCACCCCCUACCAGUCGUGUCCCAAAGUUCAGUCCGGGCUCCCCGGCUGCUCCUCGCUGCUGGACGAGUCGUCCUCGUCGUACUCGGCCGAAGUGAAGGUGACGGACGAGUCGGGCGGCGUCAUCAAGUCUCUUUCAUUUCAGCCCGAAGUCGUGCAGACCAAAACGGAGCGAGCGGACGCCUACGACUAUCGCUACGGCUAUGCCAACACGUUCCGUUACGACGACUACUGACGCGCCGCCACUCCGCUACCUCCUUACCUCCGUUACCGUGACAACUGAACUGGGGAAACGACAUCUACUACGACACGAUGCUUUGAGGAAAACUCGUUUUCUUUUGGGCCCGCCACAGAACAAAACAUGACACAUUUGAACACAAACCGAUUUCAAGAAAAACUUUUGCUGACUUUUUUCCGUCCUUUGUGGCCACAAAGUCCUUGCAGCGAAUCACUUGGGAUUUGGAGAAUUUUUCAAAAAACGACAACAACUAAACUUUAAAGGGAGGAAAGAAAGCCCUUUUGGGGAAGUUAGCAUGUGCAAGAUAUGCUAGCAUAUUGUGAAGUACGCAUGCUGCUGAGAGUUUGCCAGUUUUGAACAUUUCAUCUUGGAGACGAAAGCUAGCGGAGCGACCAUCACGCCGUUCAACGUAUUGAUGACAUUUUGGUCUUCAGACUCCUCAGAUCCAUUGUGAUUUCCAAUGUUUUGAUUGGACUUCUCAAUGACUUGCUGUCAUUUCCCUGCGAGGAUUCAACCUGUCAUUCAACAAAUGACAUGGCAACCCUCA